AUGCCCCUACAGGAUCUGGUUACGCCUGAGAAACCGAUACCUCUGUUUGUUGAAAAAUGUGUGCAAUUCAUUGAAGAUACAGGGUUAUGUACUGAAGGCUUGUACCGUGUUAGUGGGAAUAAAACAGAUCAAGACAACAUUCAGAAACAGUUUGAUCAAGAUCGUAGUAUCAGUCUAGAGUCUAUGGGAGUAACAGUGAACGCGGUGGCUGGGGCUCUUAAAGCUUUUUUUGCAGAUCUGCCAGAUCCAUUAAUUCCAUACUCUUUGCAUCAAGAGUUGUUAGAAACAUCAAAAAUCAUGGAUAAGACAGAACGGCUACACGAGUUAAAAGAAAUUGUGAAGAAGUUCCACCCAGUGAACUAUGAUGUCUUCAAAUAUGUAAUAACGCAUCUAAACAGGGUUAGUCAGCAAUAUAAAACCAACUUUAUGACUGCUGAUAACUUAUCGAUUUGUUUCUGGCCUACUUUGAUGAGACCUGAUUUUGAAAAUAGAGAGUUUCUUUCUACCACCAAAAUCCACCAGUCGGUUAUAGAGACCUUCAUUCAACAGUGUCAGUUUUUCUUCUACAACGGAGAGAUCGUAGAAGCGCCUAACCCAGUGGCAUGCCAGCCACCGCCUUCCAAUGCAGUGCAGAUGGUGGAACCAAUGGUACCUCUGCAGUUACCACCACCACUGCAGCCUCAGCUGAUCCAGUCGCAAUUACCAGCAGACCCUCUUGGUAUUAUAUAAAUAGAAGAUGAUUGCAGGCAGCCUGGCACUGGACAGUAAAGACAAGCUAUAGACAUGCAUGUUUCAGGAUACAGUAAUGUACUUCAUAUUUAUGGAAAAUAAUUCCCAUCCAGCUGAUUGGACAUCUUUUUGUUAUAUCCCGUACCGUGUUCCUCAUUUGUACACACUGCAGAUAAAAACUAUGUGAUAAGCAUGACUGGAGAGGUUUAAUUUUUAAAAGCAAAAAUAGCUAUAAAGUACAAAGCUGCUGCUGCAUGAUACCUUAUUGCAAUCACUAUAUCAUUCCUGUGACAGUUUGUCACGAUAUAUUGUGAAUAAAAUUUUUCUAUAGAAAUUUAAUGAUUUAAAAAAUUACAUUUAUGGAACAUUCAGUGCUUACAGCCUGCUUUAUGGCUGUUUUUGUUAUUUAACAUGCUAUUUUUGGCAAUUUUAUUCACAUUCAAGCGUUCUGUGUAAACAACUAAAGCCCAGCUAUAGUUUAUUUUGUAAUCUCCUGGCUACUUAUGUGAUGGUAUGCUUAGGAUGGUUUAUGGAAGAAUGCAAAAUGCACUGUUGAGAAUUUUACAAUCCCUCACCAUCCAUCUUUACUUGUAAGUAAACCUGUGGACAGUUUGUUAAGGGUGGGUGAACUUGCUUACUAUUUCUUACAGCACAAUACCAAGGACAUGCUUGUUGUAAAAGUGAGUUUCAAAUAUUGUACAAAAAUUUCGAUGUUGCCUACUUAUUUCUUUAUGUUCCAUUAUUGAACUAAACAUUUUGUAAAACUGUUAAUUCUGUAAACAGCUGCAUGUUUAAAAGAUCAUUGAUGGUCUUGUAAACUUAAUCUAAUAUAUUUUAGAUAUUUUAAUUUUUCCCACUUGGGAAUACAUUUAGUGUUUAGAAAAUAGUUCAUGACAUUUUCAUAUAAGGUUAUAUAACUUUUCAUACAUAAACAUGAAUUUUGUUGUAGUAAAAUUCUCUAAACCAAACAAUGUUUUAAUCUAGGACUUCAAUUAAUCUAUUCUUUAAAUCUAUUUUUAUGUGACCCUUUAAAGAUAUACAAAAAUGCAUUGCUAAUACAUAGCAAUAAAUACUUUGGGUACUGACAAUUAACCUCUUUGGAGUGUGUAUAUAUAAAAUCACAUAAACUUGUAUUCAUAUUUUUUUCCUGUGGUAUGUUGUACUAAAAAUUCAAAUGACUGAUUUUUUUUUUACUAUAUUUUUAAAUUAUCUUUUUUUCAUUUAUUUUCCUUUUACAUUGGUACCAAUUUUGCUGUAAAAGAAUGCUGCUUAAUUUAAACAAAUCUUUUGGUUAAAUAUUUUGUUAGUAGUAAAACAUUUAGAAGGUUACAAAUUGUAGCAAAGGGGAGACCAUAGAUAAACACUACCUGUGAGACUUUCCAUAGCAGCUUUUUUUCCUUCAUGCUCAAGAUAUACCUUUUUAGGUUUGCAUAGAAGAAAACCGUUUUGGCUCAUUCAGCUGCUAGAAUGUUUUGUGUAGUUUUAAAAGAAAAAAAGAAAAGCUUUAUGAUGGUCACUGUUGUAAUCUUCACUUAUAACAAGAUUUAAGAUCGUCUUGUAUGUAUUAUAGUAAAUAGAUGAUUUUGAGAAUUAAGGCUUUUAACAGUUUGAUUUGCUCCAUUUUCCCAAAAUAAAAAUUGCCUUUCCCACUUAUGUCCUAGGUAUUGUACUUCUAAUUACGACUUGGAUUAUCAUUCUAGAUUACUAUGAUACCAUAAACCCGGCUGCUGUUUGAAGUACAUGUAUAUUAUAAAUUAUCUCGAUAUUGUGUUAUAUUCUUGCAAGUAAUUAUCUUUUCUAAGAAAACAUAAACAAAGAAGAAAAGUCAACCCUAUUCCUAUUGCAAAGCACACAGGAAUUAAUAGUACAAUAAAGUCUGUCCUGUAAAUUGUAGUAUUCUUAACUUGUUCUACUUUACCUGUUGUCUAUAUAGCUUUUAUUUAUAGUUGUCAGUCUACUCUUGGCAUGUUUAGCAAAGAAAAUGAAACUUCAAGAGUUUUAUAAACUAUUUCUAGGUUGCUAAAGAAUUUAUUUUUCUACUGUAUAUGGUAUAGACAAAGCAUCACCUGUACAGGAAGCAAGUCUAUUUCUAAUAGAAGUAAGCUUAUAAAUAAAU